GGUGCGUCGGGCCGUGCGGUAGGGGUGUUGGCCGUCGACCGCCCGUCAAACCACACCAAUCGCUCGAUUGAAGCCAUUUUAUGCGCGCUUAACACUGGUGUUGAACAAAAAUUUCCUGAAGUUAGACAACGAAGACAUUUACUCACGAGUGAAGCCAAUGAAGACAACAACAAACAGUCGUUCAAUGAGUCCACAACCGCGACAACUGUUUUGCCUCAAAACAGCACUGAUAUGUCAAACACGACGGCCAUCGGUAACGGAACCCAAAGCCCGUCCACGACAUCGAUCGCACCUCAAGACCCGAUUCUUCCCCAAAAAGGCGCCGCA